AUCAGAUUUCUUUCUCACCCGGGAACCAGAAUCUGGGUGCCCCAGGAGUUUGACUCUCAGCACAUAUCAAAUUCACUUUAAAAGUACUGGAAAUACUCCGCAGAACAAAGGAACAGUCGCUGCAGCCUUAACCUGGCUGUCCUCCCCGCAGAUGCUGACUGACCUAAUAAAUGUUUUCUCUCCCAGCGUUUUCUACUUUUGUUUCGGAUUUUUUUUUUGCAGUACUUCGGUUCAAUUGACUAAGUGAGUGUUCGUCGGUUCUAUUGAACUCACCGGACAUUCUUAAAAGCAUUCAAAGAUUGGUAUCUGAUGUGAUGGUGUGGUCUGGAUAUUAGAGAAUAUUCUCUGCAACGCUUCGUUGGGUAACUAACAGACGUGGUUCGUCAAAUGACCUUAGUGGAAUUUCAUUUACUAUUUGCGGCGUGUCCGCUAACGUGCUGAUCAUGGCUGUAAUUCCCGAACAUCAAGAAUCGGUAUCUUGUUUCAAUCGCCAGGCGUCACGAAGGCGCUAGUCUUUCAACACUGGGAGGACAAACAAAAGCUUUCAAUUUUUUAACUUAGCAAUACACCCACCCAAUAAUAUUAGGUUUGGUUUUCUUUGAUUGUCUUUUUUUCUAUGGUUUUUUAAAAAAAAAUAGAGCAGUUUAUUCUCCUCAGCGAAGCUUUAAAACGAGAAACAAAUCCAUCCCAGGGAGCAACACCAGCAUGAAGACUGGCGUCUCAGCUUUAGCUUUAUUUUUAAAGUUUAGGACUCGAGUGUGACUCGAUAUUUCCGUGCGCGCGUGUUGUAGCACUGCAGGUAUCUGCAGAAAGAGAGAGGCGAGUCUGCACCGGGCAAAUUCAAAUUCACGCACGUAGCUUCAAAAUGAACUUUCUUUUAUUUAAUCGCCAACAUUUUCGUCCCGGCAUCCCACGCAGGGUGCAAUGUGAACGAGUUGUGAUCACAACAGUUGCCAGAGUCUGUGAGCGGCUCGCGUGGGGAAUAUGAUGAUGUCACCGGGCGACAACUUUUUCGUUUAGUUAUGGCGGAGGUUAAGUUUUAGAAAGUUCCCUGGGCAAGCUCCGAAUCUGCAGUACUGCACGGUGAACGGCUGCUGAAAGAUCGCCCAGUUCUGGCCUCGACUUCAGAGGGCGACGGACGCGGUGCAAUCGCCCAGAGGCUGAAUCACCUGUGCGCCUGACCAAGAUGGAGUACAACCUGGGUUUCUGGAAGUCCAUCAGUAAUGGCUUCAGUGCGCAAGAUGUUUUCCACGAUGUCGCGACCAGUGUCUCUCCCACUUUCACGCACCACUUUGCGUAUCGCCGGGAAUCGGAGGAGGGCAAGCUGGCAGAUGCUUACAAAGCAGGAGGCACCAUUCGGGUUUACUUGCCAAACAAGCAGCGCACUGUGGUGAAUGUGCGGCCCGGUAUGACCGUACAGGAUAGCCUCAAAAAGGCUUUGAAGGUCCGAGGCCUUCAGCCAGAUUGCUGUUCAGUCUUCAGGCUUCCCCAAGGAUGCUCAAAGUACCGCAUUGAUUGGACCACGGAUGCAACUUCCUUGAUUGGUGAAGAGUUGCUGGUUGAAGUCCUGGAUCAUCUCCCCUUAACUACUCACAACUUUGUUCGGAAAACUUUUCUGAAGUUGGCGUUCUGUGAUAUCUGUCAGAAGUUCCUAUUGAAUGGGUUCCGGUGUCAGACCUGUGGUUACAAGUUUCACGAGCACUGCAGCACCAAAAUCCCCACCAUGUGUAUCGACUGGAAUAAUGUCAGAGCUUAUCAAGCUGGUACACCCUACUCCAGGUUAUUCUCGUCCUCUAACAGUGAUGGAGUUGUACCAUCUAUUACUCAAAUGACCACACGGCGGGUUCGGGAGUCUCUGUCACGUCUUCCUGAGAGCUUGCAGUAUAGGUAUUCCAGUUCUCAUGCCUUCAACUGUCCCAUGCCUUUCCCAUCUACAGAAGGACAGCUCUGCCAGCGACAAAGAUCUUCAUCCACCCCCAAUGUUCACAUGUCCAGCACCAACAUGCCGAUUGAUAACAAUAUUAUUGAGGAUGCAAUACGAAGUCACACUCCAAGAACUCCUUCAUCAGCAUUGUCGAAUAGUCCACCCAGCUUAAGCCCAACGCGGGACUCUAAACAGAAGUCUCCUGUUCAAGCUCACCGAGACAGAAGACCAUCAGCAACAUCUGAAGGAACAAAGAAGAUACGACCUCGAGUUCAACGGGAUUCCAGUUACUACUGGGAAAUAAAAGGCGAGGAAGUUGUAUUAUUGAAGAGAAUAGGCUCUGGAUCAUUUGGGACUGUAUUUAAAGGAAAAUGGCACGGUGAUGUAGCUGUGAAGAUUCUAAAGGUGACUGAUCCAACACCGGAGCAACUCCAGGCUUUUCGGAAUGAAGUUCAGGUCCUGAGGAAAACACGGCAUGUAAACAUCUUACUGUUCAUGGGCUACAUGACGAAGUUUAACCUGGCCAUUGUCACCCAGUGGUGUGAAGGCAGCAGCCUCUACCAGCACUUGCACGUCCAGGAGGUCAAGCUGGAGAUGUUUCAACUGAUUGACAUUGCUCGUCAGGCAGCUCAAGGGAUGGAUUAUUUACACGCAAAGAAUAUUAUCCACAGAGACAUGAAGUCAAACAAUAUAUUUCUUCACGAAGGCCUCACUGUGAAGAUCGGAGAUUUUGGUUUAGCAACUGUGAAAUCGCGAUGGAGCGGCUCUCAACAAGUAGGGCAGCCAACAGGAUCUAUUCUUUGGAUGGCACCAGAGGUCAUCCGAAUGGAGGAAGUUAAUCCGUUCAGUUUUCAGUCGGAUGUCUAUUCGUAUGGCAUUGUGCUGUUUGAACUAAUGACAGGAGAGCUACCGUACUCACACAUAAACAACCGAGAUCAGAUUAUUUUCAUGGUGGGCCGAGGGUUUUUAACACCUGACCUCAGCAAGCUCUACAAAAAUUGCCCAAAAGCAAUGAAGAGACUUGUAGCGAACUGUGUAAACAGGAACAAGGAUGACAGACCUCUCUUUCCUCAGAUUUUAUCUUCUGUUGAAUUAUUACAACAUUCAUUACCCAAAAUCCAUCGCAGUGCUUCAGAACCUUCUCUACAUCGAGCUGCACACACAGAGGACUUGAAUCCUUUAACCCUAACAUCGACAAGAUUGGUUGCUUGCUAA